AUGGCGCCGGAGAUGGAGGUGCGCAUACUGCUAGAGAACCCAUGUGGCGCGGGCGAGUCGGUGACGGUGAUCCUGCACGACGUCAGCCAUGAGGAUAUGCGCCGCCUGCUGGACCUCAUGUACACCGGAAGCACCGAAGUUCCGGCCGACGACCUGUCGCGCUUUCUGUGUACCGCUAAGGCGCUCGAUGUCAGUCUUCUACGAUCGGCUGCCCUACAGAUUUGUGAAGUCGCCACCUCAGCUGCAGAACCCGACAGAGAACCCACUCCCGCCACCACACCCGCCGUUCCGCCAUCACUACCGAAAACGACGCCAGACUGUGUAGUGCCGUCUCCAAAGGAGCCCUCCCUGGCACACAGCCAGUGGCCACUAAUGGCCCCACAACUUCGUGGCACUGACCCCGCGCUGCACUGGCAGCAGGCACCACAUACCGGUCCGCCGAUGCUGCCGCUUCCGUGUCGGAGCCCUCUGAUGCCGCCGUCCGCGCCGCCCGCAAUGGCCCAAAGCCCCAGCCAGGCUGCUGGCGAGCUCGCGUCACAGGAGCAGCUGCUGCGAGAGCGCCAUGUCUGCAAUCCACCGCCCAAUGAUACCUUCGUCAGCAAGUCGCCGGGGACCGCGAGCAUGAGCCGACAUGUCCAACCAAAACAGGUGUGCUCCUUCAUCCGAACUCCACACUUAGACUAUCAAUGGACUUCCCAUGUACAGCAGCAAGAGCGCUCUUCCGCAUCGCCAACGUACCAGCGCGUGCAGGAGCAGGACAGCUUUCUCCUGAAGCGGUUGAUGGGCGUAGUACCUGCAGACAAGAAGACACGCCCAGAAACCAAAAACAUCAACAACAGCAGCAGAAGCGGUAGCGGCAAACCCUGUGGGGCGAAGGCCGUGACGUCUCCUCAACAGCCACAACAGCGCCAGCGUGUUGCCCCUGUUGAGCACCAACCGCUUCCUCUACCACCAUCAUCUCCACCACCUCUCUGUGUUCCUCCACAGCAGAGCGAUCAUCUCACUCCCGCGGUGCCACCUCUCCCGCAAUCACAACCGCUCCCGACGGCACCAUCACUCUCAUUAUCACCAUCAAAGAUUCCAGCGCACUUCCAGGAACCCAAGCAGCCAAAUCCACAACAGAUGCAGCUUCCGCACCGUCGACGACAGCAGCCUCGAAACUUGCCAGAAUCUUCCCAGAAACCUGAAGAUCUGCCAGCAAAUCCAACUUUAUCCUGUGAAGCAGCCACCGAGCAGCAGAGGAGAUACGAGUGUGAAGACUGCAGCAAACUCUUUGUCACCAAGGCGUCUCUCAAGGUGUGCAGACUUUUUUGCUGGACUUCGCCAUUUUGCGAGUAA